GUUCUCAUUGAAAACAGGAAAUAGUUCUAACACGUUUUCUAACAAAAUCAAUAUCAAUAUAAUUAAGCUAUAGUCUGAAGAACCAAAUUUGAAAACAUCAAAGCUUAGAUUUAUGAUGAUCUAUGUGUUACAGAGUAUCUUGCAUACUUAUAUAAAAAGUUACCAGCCAUGGCCUAUUAUGCAGUUCCCACCUCUCUAACUUCCUUUGCAACAAUGGACGUAACAAAAGAGAAUAAAGUUCUUCUUCACUCACUCUCCAGCAAAGGCUUAUGCAACCAUUCAGCAAUCACGAGGUCUUACUCUAGCAAUCUUAUGUAUUACUCCUUUAACCGCAUCCAAGCCACAUCAAUGCAACCAAAGCAUAAAAGCAGCCACUCAGAAACAAGCAGGGACAUGAACAUGAGGCAAAAGGGUAUCAAUAUUCAGGAAAACAUGGUGGAAAGCAGCGAAGAAGACAUGAUAAAUAGAGCCAACUGGGUACACAUAUUAAUGAAAAUUAAGACAUAUUGGAGAGGCAAACUACCUAAAGAGAGCAUGGAUCCGGAUAUAAUAUGCAAACACAACAUGAAUAAUCAGUGUGAUUGUGAUGAAGAUGUCAGUUUUUGUGUGGCAGGUUAUGAAGAAGGAGAUGAAAAGGAGGAAGAUGGACAAGGUGUGACAUGUGAUUGUGACUCUUUCUCAAAAUUUUUGGUCCCAGUUUCGUGGUAUGAUACCAAACUAUUCUCUAAGUUAGCUUUGCUAUGCAACAUGGCUUAUGCCAUACCACAAAUCAAGGCUAAGGACUUGGAGAGAUACAAUGGUCUUCAAUUCGUAACAUCAUCUUUGGAAAAGAAAGGUGACGUGACUAAGAUAAAAGCAAAACUUGAUCAGGAUUCCAUUUGUGUGCCUAUGGAUGCCUCAGUAGCCUCUCAUCAAGAUGGCUCAGAGAAAGGUGAUGAUAAUGAACAGAAGCAUCAAACUAAGGACCUUUUGUCUCUUGCUUCCAAGUCACAGCAACAUAGUGGCAAUGAAGAUUGCAAUGGAAGAGAAGACUCACCACAUGAGGAGGCUGAUGAAACCCCACAGGUUCAGAAAUCAAAGUUGACAGUUAAUGUUGCUGCAUUAACAAUGACUGUUGUGGCUGCAGCAGGAACAGCAAUGGGCCUUCAGUUAGUUCGUUCCUCAUCUUGUGAAUGGUUUGUUUGUGAUGAUCCCAAUACACACACUCGAUGCUUUGUCAUUCAGGGAUCUUAUUCUGUGGCAUCUUGGCAAGCAAACCUCUCCUUUGAGCCUACCACAUUUGAGGACACAGAUGUACUUGUUCACAGUGGAAUAUAUGAAGCUGCCAAGGGAAUAUAUGAGCAAUUCAUGCCAGAAAUAAUGGACCAUUUAAAGAGACAUGGGGAUAGUGCAAAGUUUCAAUUCACUGGUCAUUCUCUAGGGGGUAGUCUCUCACUUUUGGUCUAUUUGAUGCUACUGACUAGGAAGGUUGUGAGUCCCUCAACUCUUCAGCCAGUUGUGACUUUUGGUUCUCCAUUUGUGUUAUGUGGAGGCCAAAGAUUACUCAAUGACCUUGGCCUGGAUGAGAGCCACAUUCAAUGUGUAAUAAUGCAUAGAGAUAUUGUUCCCAGGAUCUUCUCAUGCAGUUUCCCUAACCAUGUUAUAACCGUCCUUAAGCGCUUCAAUGGCUCAUUUGAAUCACAUCCUUGUCUGAUAAAAAAGAAGCUGUUGUACUCACCAUUGGGUAAAAUAUUCAUUCUCCAACCAGAUGAGAAAACAUCUCCUUCACAUCCUUUUCUUCCAGCAGGAAGUGGCUUGUAUGCUCUAGACAAUAGCAAAUGUGGAUACUCUCCAAUUGUCCUCAGAGCCUUCCUCAAUCAACCGCACCCCCUUGAAACACUGAGCAAUCCAACAGCAUAUGGCUCAGAUGGCACAGUUUUAAGAGACCAUGACUGCAACAACUAUCUUAAAGCAGUCAAUGGAGUUUUUGGACAACAUUCAAAUAUUAUUGUCAGGACAGGGAGAUCAAAGAAGCCACCAAAAAUAUUUAAGAAAAAGAUGAGAAAAUAGAGUUCUGCUCAAUUUUAUUUUAUUUUUCACAUUAGAAACAACAACAUACUUAUUAGAAUCAUACAAUUUAUAAUUUUUUUUCUUUUUCUAUC